UUCAGCUCCACUAAUCCCUUCAAAACAUUUUCGCAUUGUUGAAUUUCGUAGUGUUCAUUUUCUCUAUCCCAUUUCUUUGGUGGGAUUUCAUUCACUAUUCUUGUCCCUUGUGACGGUUGAUGAGUUAACCACCUUCCCUGUUGGAGCUGUAUCGAGUUCCAAGAACAUGGGGUUCGAUGAAAACAAAGAAACCGGCGAGAACAGUGAGGCAACAGAUCAUGAAAACGAAACUCACAAAAACGAAGGUGAGCCCGUGAGCAGGCAAGUCAGUGAGGCUUCUAUCUAUGCAACUGAAGAAGAAGAGGACGAACCCGGAUCCAAAAUUCAAUUGGGUCCUCAAUGCACUCUUAAAGAACACCUCGAGAAAGAUAAGGAUGAUGAAAGUCUAAGGAGAUGGAAGGAGCAACUCCUUGGAAGUGUAGAUGUGAAUAAUGUUGCAGAAAUUUUGGACCCUGAAGUGAAAAUCAGUAGCUUGUCUAUUGUCUCUGCUGAUAGAGAUGACAUUGUUCUUCCCAUUCCUGAAGAUGGGAAUCCAAAGGGUUUAUGGUUCACUCUAAAGGAAGGUAGUCAAUAUCGAUUGAAAUUCACCUUCCAAGUGAGCAAUAAUAUCGUAUCUGGCUUAAAAUACACUAACACUGUUUGGAAGACUGGUGUGAAGGUGGAUAGCACAAAAGAGAUGCUUGGAACUUUCAGUCCUCAACAAGAGCCUUACACACAUGAGAUGCCUGAAGAAACCACACCCUCUGGACUAUUUGCAAGAGGAUCAUAUUCUGCAAGAUCAAAGUUUCUUGAUGAUGACAACAAAUGCUACUUGGAGAUCAACUAUACUUUUGAUAUUAGGAAGGAAUGGGCAGGUUGAACAUGGUGCCAAUCUGCUAAAUUUGCUUCUGCAGUAGUAACUCUUCUCUAUUUAGUCAAAUAUAUUCUUAUUUUUAUUCUAUUGACUUAACAGUUCAUAUAUCUAUCUAUAUAUAUAUAUAUAUGGUAGUUUACUGAAUUCUUGUUUGUACUAAAAUAUUCAGUUGUAUUUGUUUUGUAUUGACUAAAGAGAC